CCUGCGCUCCCCUCCCCUUCCCCUCCCCGCUCCUCGGCGCCUCUGCCCGGUGCGUGCGGUCCCGCUGGCCGGGCUGCGGGCGGGCAGGGCGGGCUGAGCCCCCGCUCCCUGCCCAGCCCGACCCAUCCUUCCCAGCCUUUCCCAACACCUCUCCGAACCCCCUCGCCAUGCCCAGAGCUUUCCUGGUGAAGCGCCGGAGCCCGCAGCCCGCGGUGCGCAGCUGGGAUGGGCUGCCCGACGAGGAGAGAGCCGAUACCUACAUCCCAGGUGGGAUUGGCUGCGUGGUGCUGGGCUAUGAGGAUAGCUGCAGCCUGGAGAGCAGUGGGAGCAGCGGGACCCGUGAUGUGGAGCCCAGCGAUCCCCCAACACCCCAGCCAGCCCCUGGAGACCUGGGAUCGACUGGAGGGAUGCUGCUGGACCUGGCUGUCAAGCGCCCUGUUGUCAGGUCAAAAAUCAAGUUCACCACCGGCACCUGUAACGACACAAUGGUGCAUAGCUGCGAACUGUGCGGCAAAGGCUUUCGCUUGCAGCGGAUGCUCAACCGGCACAUCAAGUGUCACAGCCAGGUGAAGAGACACUUGUGCACGUUCUGUGGGAAAGGCUUCAAUGACACUUUCGAUCUGAAAAGACACGUCCGGACCCAUACUGGAAUUCGUCCUUACAAGUGUGAGGUUUGCAACAAAGCCUUCACCCAGCGCUGUUCCCUGGAGUCCCACCUGAAGAAGAUUCACGGUGUGCAGCAGCAAUAUGCCUACAAACAAAGGCGAGACAAACUCUAUGUGUGCGAAGACUGUGGCUACACAGGCCCCACGCAGGAGGACCUGUACCUGCACGUCAGUAACGUUCACCCUGGGAGUGCUUUCCUGAAAAAGACCUCAAAAAAACUUGCAGCAGUUUUGCAAAACAAACUGAGCCCCGUCCUGCAGAGGAACACCAAAGAGGAGGACAAGGACGAGUGACAUGGUGGAUUACAGUGGUCUCCAGGAAUGAAGUUUACAUGUCAGACUCUCCGUAUAUUAUUUUUUUAAAUGCAAUUUUGAAACAAACUCCUGAAAUAAAAGGGAUAUGUUUGUUAAUAGGACUCUCUUGAUGUUGGUAGAACCUCAACUUGAAAGAAGUAUUCCUGUAUAGGAAUGAAACAUAAGACCUCUUUAUCUGGCCAAAAAGAAAAGGAAGGCUUGGAAGAGGCUGUCACCUCUUGGAUGGAAUAUUUACUGAACUGACAUUCAGUCAACCUGUUUUCUAUUCCAGCUCUACCACACGUCCGAGCGGCCACUGACAAGUUCACCUUUGUAUUUUGUAUAGGUAAUAACAGUUACUUCCCGUGAAAAUGACAUUUGAGAGGUUUGGGUGGAAAGUGCAGUGUAAGAGCAGCUACUGGUGCCUUGUCCUAUGCAAAAUGAAUUAAAAUGGUCUGAAGAACAGCACACUGUAUCAGUACAUUAGUUAAAAUGUACAAAUAACCUUUAUUCUGCCCCUCCGUGCAGCAAAACAAUGAUUUAUGGAAGCAUCGUCCAAGGUGAGAUGAAACUGGUUUUAAAGGAUACAGAACUUUCUCCUCCCAAAUUUUCUCUGCUAGUGAAUUGCAUCAUUCCAGGGCAGACCUAUGGGCAUGUUUUAGGUACUUUAAGCUGUGAACUUAAAUAUUUAGAUUCGAGUGUAACCUUAACUCUGACAUUCUUGGACUUGCUGUUCUCACUUUGGGGAUUAUUACCACAUCCUUUUUAACAUCCACCAAUAUCAGUCCAGAAACCCAAAAAAACCACUGUAAUGACUUGAAGAUAUGUAUUUUCUGUCAUGAUGAAAUGCAAUUUUGUGUGUAUUUUAUGGUGUGUGUGUGUGUGUGCGUGUUCAUUUUAGGAUUUCUUUUUCUUUUUAAUGAUCAAGUGCCUGUUCACUCCUAGAGCAGAGCAGCUGUGUAAGAGGGGGACUUAGCUGGUCCCUGCCUCAUGACAUCAGUGUGAAAAUGUAGGCACGGAUCCAGCCUCUGUUCUGUAACCACUAGAAGGCUCCUGGGGAGACUGAUGCUGCAAGGGAAGGAGGUGGUAAUGAUUAUGAGGGUCUAGCAUUACAUCUCUGUGCAUUUAGGACUUCCCUAUAGUCCUGCUUGCAGCUCCUGUGGGACUAAGACAACCAAGAGGGCAGCUUGUAGGUACUAUUGAGUGUGAAGUUAGGGAUUUUGGGAGAGGGAUCCCCAUAUAACUUGUGUUGCUGAAACCACCUGUCACUUUAUGACUCUGCUGCAGCCCUUAGUGGGCAUUUAGGUGUCUACAGAGGAGCUGCAGGGUGGGGUGGUAAUGUCCUCAGCAACCACAAGACCAAGCGCAUGUUAUUCAUCUGCCUCCUAAUUUAAUGGACACAGCGGCUAAGCAGGUUUUGCAUCAAUUUAAAUGCAUAACAAUUAAUGGAUUUCAUUUGUAAAAUCAAAAAAUUCAUUUCAAACUCAAAAUAAAGCUGUACACUUGGGGAGAAUAUGCUGUAUUCUAUAGACAUUUACACAUCAGCUGAAAAGUAACCUGCCUAAAACAGAGUCAUAGCCGGGAUCUUCAUAAUUGUUACCACUAAAAUGAUCGAUUCUGAGUGUCUCUGUAAGAAUCUUCAGUUUUCCUCGAUUUUGUACAGGCAUCUGCUUAGGGUUUUUGUGGGGAAAAGCUUCUAGGGGUUUUAAAGCAUUUCUAACCAUAUUAAUACAUUAUUCAGCAGAACUGUCAGUGCUUGAAAAUGGACCUGGGACCUUGAAAAUGAGGAUAAUAAAGUGAUGCUACUGUGUAAAGAGCAAACCUGU